UAGAUGGUGGACUAAUCAUGGGAGACUGGAAUUUCCUUGGGGUCAUCCUAGAAGAAGUCCACAUCCAUUCCACAAUAGUUGGAAAAAUCUGGCUUACAAUUCUGUUUAUAUUUCGCAUGCUUGUCUUGGGAGUGGCAGCUGAAGAGGUCUGGAAUGACGAGCAGUCACAGUUUGUAUGUAACACAGACCAACCUGGCUGCAAAAAUGUCUGUUAUGACCAGGCUUUUCCUAUCUCACUUAUCAGAUACUGGGUUCUUCAAGUAAUAUUUGUAUCCUCGCCUUCUUUGGUUUAUAUGGGCCAUGCAAUUUACAGACUGAGAGCACUGGAGAAAGAAAGACAUAGAAAGAAAGCUCACCUUAGAGUGAAGCUUGAAGGAGUAGAGUAUGAUUUGAGUGAAGACCGCAGAAGGUUGGAGCACGAACUCAGACAAUUAGAGCAAAGAAAGCUGAACAAGGCUCCAUUGCGGGGUUCUCUUCUCUUCACCUAUGUAAUACAUAUAUUCACAAGAUCGGCUGUCGAGAUUGGUUUUAUGAUUGGACAGCAUCUGCUUUAUGGAGUUCAUCUGAAUCCUCUUUACAAGUGUGAAAGAGACCCAUGUCCCAAUGUGGUUGACUGUUUUGUAUCCAGGCCUACAGAAAAAACAGUAUUUUUGCUUUUCAUGCAGUGCAUAGCAGCUGUUUCUUUGUUUCUAAAUAUCUUAGAAAUUGUACAUCUUGGGGUUAGAAGACUCAAAAAAGCAUAUAUGAUGAGAUAUAAAAUGAAAGAAGAAUUUGAUGACUUUUAUGUAAUUAAACCCAAGAAAACAUCCACAGUAAGUCAUACUUGCAUAGGUACGUCCUCUAGUCCACAAAAGACCCAUCCUUCUGCACCUAGCAAUUAUACAUUGUUGAUAGAAAAACAGAGUGAUCCCACUGUAUAUCCAGUUUUAAAUCCUCCAUGUGGAUACCAUCCCAUACAAGAUGACCAUAAUGAUAUCUGUGAUACUUUCAUGGAGGAUGAGCAAGAAACAAAAUCAGUCAAUGGUAUCAUUGCUGCAAACAUACUUGAAAGUCACUAUCAUGACAACAGCGCCAACAAUGAUGAGAGGAUAAACAAAAUAUUAGAUGCAGAUGUAAAAAAUUUGCAUUGCCAUGGAGAAAGAAGAACUGGUUUUAUAAAAAGUACUUAUUCAAGUGUAGAAAAUGCUCCUCUUGUACAGACAGCAACAAGUGAUGAUACUGUGAAUUAUUCAUUACAAAAUAUAUCCUGUCCAAAGUCCACGAACCUGCUCCGGAAAUCCGGGAGAGUCAGUGCUCCAUGGAAUGGCUCUAAAGCAGCGGAGAAAGGAGGCUUUUUUCAAGAUUCAGGAUGCAGCAACAGGGGACGCAAUAGCUGCAGUGCAAAUAUAUCAUGGGAACUCUCCAAGUCUGACCUGAAGACAGUUAGCAGGCCAUCCACACCAGAAGUUAUAGGAGAAAUUAGCCCAAAAUACAAACAGGAUAAAGCAUGUGAAGGUUCUGUGACCUUCUCUCCAUCACGACGGAUGUCACUGGCAAGUAAUGCCAGCAGCCGGCGUGCCCCAACUGAUCUACAGAUCUAAACGUUAGUUGCCUUACCUACACAUUACCUUGACGGAUUUCCAGGCAGUUGAGGCAAAUGAGGCAAUAUACUUAGUUUAACCCUCAAAAUCAGUAUAUAUAACUGAACACUUGUGAAAGUUGCAGGUGGAUAUAAAAUGUAAAAAAAACAGAAUAUCUGCAUUGCCUUACCUUGAUUGGAACAGAUAUUAAUCAGUACUAUUUGCCCUUUCAUACUUCAACAAAAGAUUCUGGUGCAUUUAUUGCAAGUAUCUAACACAUACACAUGAAUACACAUCUACCCCAGUGGCAGACACAGAUACUCCAAUGGGAAACACACAAUAGGAAACAAUUAAAAGCAUAAUAUUUGUGCUUAUGAUAUGAAUUCUCUGUAUAUUUUCAUUUUUGAAUAUGAAUGGAAACUAUAUAGUUCUACAGACUUCAAUAAGUGUUAUUCUUACUGAAGUCAAAGGGCAAAUACUUUAGCUGCUUAUUUCAUAAUGAAAUUUUGAACAAAAAAAUGGUCAAUGCACAUCAUAAUUCCUUUUCAUAUUCUACAGUCUAAGUAAAAAAUUGGAAACUGCUAGGUACAGCCUACAAUAUGUUAUACUUGUAAGAACAUGCUAAAAGGAUACAUGUUAAGAGCUAACUUGUAAC